GGCCCCUCUCUCGGGGCUGUCUGUCACCGCAGCCUGGGGGCGAGGUUGCACCUGGGUGGCCGGCUGGGCUGGGCUGGGGGAGAACAGCGCCGUGCUUCGUACGGGUUUUUCCUGCUCAAAGUUCCUGUUUUCUCUGGGCUGCAAGUCUUAUGAUCCAUUGUGUCAUCGUGCUCAGCUGGCAGGGGCGAGAGGAAGGAAAAUCCCUGCGAGCCAAAUCUGGCACUGCCCGGGGGAGAAGUGCCAUCCCCGGCGGGCUGCGGCGCCUGCUAAGCGCCCCGCGGCCGGGGGCGGCCGGGAUGCGGACUCGCCCCUCGGCGCUCAGCUGAACCCUGACAAUGACGAGUGGCCUCGAGCCAUGGCCAAUGGGAGCGGGACGGUCAUGCUGAAAUGCGUGGUGGUGGGGGACGGGGCCGUGGGGAAAACGUGCCUGCUGAUGAGCUAUGCCAACGACGCGUUCCCGGAGGAGUAUGUGCCCACCGUGUUUGACCACUAUGCAGUCACUGUUACAGUUGGGGGGAAGCAAUAUCUGCUGGGGCUGUAUGACACUGCAGGACAGGAAGACUACGAUCGUCUGAGACCUUUAUCUUAUCCUAUGACAGAUGUCUUCCUUAUCUGCUUCUCCGUGGUAAAUCCAGCCUCAUUUCAAAAUGUGAAGGAGGAGUGGGUACCAGAGCUAAAGGAAUAUGCACCUAAUGUACCCUUUUUAUUAGUAGGAACCCAGAUUGAUCUUCGUGAUGAUCCAAAAACUUUAGCAAGACUGAAUGAUCUGAAGGAGAAGCCUGUAUCUAUGGAGCAGGGACAGAAGUUAGCAAAAGAGAUAGGAGCCUGCUGCUAUGUGGAGUGUUCAGCUUUAACACAGAAAGGACUGAAGAUUGUUUUUGAUGAAGCUAUAAUAGCCAUUUUAACUCCAAAGAAACACACAGUGAAAAAAAGAAUAGGAUCAAGAUGCAUAAACUGCUGUUUGAUCACGUGAGAUACAUUUGACAAUGGCCAGGCCUGCUGUGAAUUUCUAUCAAACGUAAAUGAUACAGUUCAUAAGUACACAGAACUUGUGUUAGAUCAUAGAAGUUUGUAAGCUAAACUUAGGAAUCUAACCUCUGAAAUCAGUGAAAUUCAGAGGAACAAAACCAAGCAAAUCAACAAAGCUCUGGUAAGAAGCAGCCACCAUCUUUUACAAAUACUUUAUUUGGACUGGAAGAUACAAUCUCUCAGGGGUUAAAAAGCGUAGAGCUGGCAACAAUAGCAUAUAAAUAAUGCCCUAAGUGGAGAUGCUUGGCCCAGAACCACAUUGAAAAUAUUUCAAUAGUCUCUUGCUAUGAUCACAUAAAAAUUUCUGCCCAGUCUGUGUGGGAUCUGCACAAAGAAAUACCUUCUCUCUGCCCCCGUUAUCUGCUUUUGUAUGUAAGCUGCUUCCGAUUCCAGUAUAUCCACAGAGGUGCAAUAAUGAGGCCAGCCACGUAGCCAAAGGUAGCUCCGAGGGAACAGGAAAUGGGCCAGAUCUGAGGGCAGAAAACAUACAGUAAAAACAGAGAAACAAGGAAAAUAUUGUUUGAGCACAAGUUCAGUGUAGUCGAAAUACUGAAAGGCGGUACAACCUUUUUCUCUUUAAAGCUUGACAUGCUUUCCUAAAGAAUGCGAAAAGUAUAACAAUCAUACAUGCAUUUAUCAUGAACACUAAGUGUUGUACAGUUAACUACUAUACAUUAAAAUGUAACCAGCCUUCUGCCUCCUGCAGGCUUAGUGUGAUACUCACAAAAGCAUCUGAGAAACUUAAGUAUUUGUGUUACCUGAAGUUUGGGCUAGAUUUAUUGAAAAAGUAUUCUUCAAUUUUUCUGCACUCCUUUUGAGACUUUAAAAAAAAAACCUGCAUAUUUUACAGCAUACACUUGUACCUUUUGCCUUCUUUCUCCCCAUGGACCUUCUAAGCUGUUGGAUAAGCGUGCAGAAAAGAAUGAAGACUACGGAAUGAGCCUACAUACCAAGAUGGGGACAGGGUUUGGUUGACUACACAUACCAGCAUGGACUUGAAAAGCAGGCAGGGUAAUUUCAUAGUUCCUUCCUACUGCUAGUCAAAGGGGAAGUAUGGAUGCUGACUGCACAUUUUACACACAGCUCAGCAAUCAGUUAAAUGCGUGCCCCACUGGGAUUUACUGCUUAGAAAUUCAUUUCAUUUCCUACUACAAGGACAGAAUUGGCUCAAUAUGGUCAACUCAUUCUCACACUGCCUCAGGUAAUGGGGCAAGCACUAGAGUGGAUUUUUUUUUCCAUAUUUGAACCUGGGGGGAGAGGGAGAAAUCAAAAAAGUAUUUAAAUUAAAGCUGUAAUCUAGCCUAGGAUGUGGUGAUUAGAGCGUAAUUACCAUCCAAUAACAUCCCGUCAAAUGAAGAGCCUCACUAUGUAUGUUGGUGACAAAAGAUAAAAUUUAAUUCCUAUUGCUUUUAUAAUGAUUCCUCCAUCUUUUGCCAGGACAACCCUUACUAUGUCUGCAGAACAAUUUUCUCCAUUUUGAGGCAAGUAUACAAUGUACUGUUCUACUGUCUUCAAGGUGGAGGAGAAAACUGGGCAUCAGAAACUAUCACUUUCUAGCUUUUCGCUCCAGGUCUUGGCUUGUGCUUCAUGAGCAGCAAGUGUGUGCUUGCUCUUUAUAGUACUCAUCUUCCUUCUGCAGUCAGCUUUUUCCUUGUUUUGAUUCUGUCCAUUACAUCCUCUGGUUUGGGGAAGCAUAUUUCCCUCCUAUCCUCUGAUCCUGGGAAGUUUAACUUGAGUAAGAACUUUGGUCCUCUGCUGUUUCACCUUCCUUAUUGUGUGCAGUUUUGUAAGCAUUAUUUGGAGGUCUUUAGGAGUGUAGCAAGGAUGGCUAUCUAUAAAUGAGGUGCCUUAGGUACUCUUUAUUGACCUUGAUUCACUUUCCAUUUAUGGCCCAUUUCUAUUUGGUAAUUUUGUUCAACAGUGUCAUAACUGCUGCCUCUUUUAAACCAAAGAUUUGCUCAUUUUCAUUCAUUAAGAACGGCAUUGCAUCUUUUUUGUAUAAAGUCUUGAUGUCUUCCCACAAUAAGGUAUUACAUACAUUUAAAAAUAGUGUAGUGUGUUUUGUGGCCUUGGGUAAGAUCAUGCUUCAAUUGGAUCUUUGCAUUUCCAUUAUCAGGUUGAAAUCAACUUCAAUAAGUUUCAGAAUUGUACAGGUUUACAAAGCAAAAAUCUCUGCAAUGAUAUAACAAACGUGUUACCUUCUGUAUGAAAGUGCCUCUUGCAGUACCACUAGUGGUAAGAAGAAACCAUUUGUAUUUCAGCCAAGUCAAAUACCUCACAGUGGCUUGAUUAACUUGGCAGUUUUGUCUGUGUCCAGUUCACUAACUCUAAGUGAUCAGUGACCCUUUAUUAAAUCUUACCUACAUUAGGUGAAUUCAAGUAUGUAGGUCCUCCUCUGCUUUUCACAAGUACAUGUUGUUCCUGGUGGCUUUUGGAAUCUUUCAUAUUUCCCAUUGUGAAUCAAUAUCCCUCACCAUCUUCAGCAACUCUUUUUUUGCCCUAUCCAUGCUCUUACUGGGUCAUUCAACUGCUACUAUGACUUAAGGAAUUUUGGGGGAUCGUUAUAGCUUCUCCUGGUCCAAUUGUAAAUUACAUCAAACCUGGUGUAAAGCUCAACAUUAAAAACCCUCCUGCAUUCUCAGUCACUGUCCAGCACUUCAUAACUUUAUUUUUUUUUAAAUACUGCCGUCACUUUCUUCAUAACUUCAAAGGCAUUCUUCCUUGCUUCCUUUUGAAUCUGUGCUAGUAUACUGCAGAAGUUCAUAGACCAUACCAUCGAAAUUCAAUACAGAGAUCUCUGACAGACCUCUGCAAUCCUCCCUUGGCUUUUAGCAGCGCGUGCUCUCACUCCCACUCUCUCUCUUUCUCUUCCCAGCAGCUAAGUGGAAGGGGGCAAAGAGACAAGGAAUGCCACACUUCCAGUGGCACAGAAGGGAAGGAUGUUGGGCCAGAUGCUCAACCUGACUGCAGUCCCUUUGCACUGCUCUGAUGGCACAAAGGAGCUGUAAAGCCAGUUUUACUGGCCUCCCGUGGAUUCCCCAAACAUAGGGGGGGAAAACGCAGCAUGUACAGAUUGAGCCUAGCUAUGUUGUGCUCAUCUUCCUCAUAGCCUUCAGCGUAAGGAGUGAAACCAGGAGGGGGGUUUGAGAAUAUAGUCAGAGCCCUUCUGCACCAUUCUGACCCUUGUCAGCUGAAAUGGCCCUUGAAGCUGACUUGCAGCCAGGUGGAAUUUACAGGAACCCAAAGACUCUUCUAGGUUGAAUUAACUGCUGGCGGGCCCCAGGACUGAGAAACUACAGAGAUGACAAAGUGGCCUCUGCCCCCAUGGACUACUGUGGUAACCAGAGCCACAAAACAAUCACAGUGCAACUUCCUCCAAUUGUGAUGUGUCAUGGCGUAAGUGACGCACAAAAACACUCAUGACACAAUACACACAGCAACUGUAACUUCAUUGAUUCCAUAAGGGCUCUCAUGAUCUUCCAGGCUGAGUAUCGCUGCUCUCAAUUGUUUCCUGGACCCUCAUUCCCAUAGGUUCUAAUCAUUUUCUGCUUUGCCUUUUUGAAUCCAAUUAAUUUUCUUGGUCAGGCUGGAUUCUCCCUGGUUUCUGCAUUUGCCCUCUAUAUUUGAGUUGGCUUCUCUUCAGUUCCCCAUACCAUGCAUCAACUAUCUCAUUGGGGGCAUGACAGAAUAGAAUCUAAGCAGUAAAUACAUCUGUGUAGUUAAAUAAAAGAUUUUGUUCUACUUUUAAAAUGUAUGCAAGUAUUAAGCUCAUGUAGAUUGCAGUCCCCUCUCAAAGCUCAUUCUAGGCCUCAGAGAAUUGUAGAGGACUGUACACAGUUUAGUUUAUACAGGAGUUAGGGGCUGCAGAGACACACCCUCACUGGUUCCCACAUGAAGGGUGGGUCAGGAACACAUAAAUAGGAAAAUAGGCUGUAUCUUCACUUCGGGUCAGAGAGAGGGGAAAGUUUCUGGUUGAGAGACAGGGAAAGCUAUGACUUUCUUCAGACAACUAUCACAAAUUGUCCUGCUUCUGAGAUGCCAGAAUAAACAUCAACCAGCAUCCCCACAAAACCCAUGAAAGCAGCCGGUUUCCAUACAGUAUACAUGUGGAAAAUGGCCAGUUCUAAGGUGUGUGUAAUUAUGAAUCUGAAUUGAAAAAACUGCUUGGAAAAAAAAAAUCUAACAUCCACUCACCAAAAGCACAAAUGCACCAUUUUAAGGGAGGGAGCAUGGUCCAGUAGUUAGAGCACAAGACAGGCAUUCUGGAUUCUAUUCCUAGCCUGGCCACUGACUUGUUCUGUGACUUUGGGCAAGUAAUUUCUCUGUGCCUCUACUUUACCACCUGUAAAAAACAGAUAGUACUUGACUCAAGAAACCCCCAUGAGAAGGCAUAGAAAUGCAAGGUUACUAUCUGAUAGACUCAUUGUUAAGAUGAAAACCUACUACUAAGUGUAUUGUAGACUGGAUUGGAUGGUAUGGUCGCAUUGCAGUGCACUGCUUGUGGUUUUGGCCCUGUGGGACUGUUAGCAGCCCAUAUAUGGCUGCUCUGACUUAUACUGGGUAUCUGGCCCUGCACUCAGAAGCCUCAGGAUUUGGGGAGAGCAAAGGCGAACACUGCUGCCCUCAUGCACCUGACUUACACUGCAUGCUCAUUGUCUGCAGCUGGGGAUUUGGCCUAAGAUCACACAAGGGGUAAAAAUGUUAUGUUGGUUAGUAACUUCUUUUAUUUGUAUUAGGUCUUCUACAAAAACAUGCAAGCAUUCAGAUUCUGAGCUAGGGUCCAGUCCCGUAGGGUGCUGGGCACCUGUCAACUCCCACUGCCUUCAAUGAGAGAGGAGGGUGCCCAGAAUUGCACAGGGAGGGUUUAGCAGGUUAUAGGAUUACAUCGAAGUAAGUAGCACUGCAAAACCAUAUACCUGGACAAUAAAAUUGGAACUCGUCAUGACUGCAUGAUUAUUUUGCCCUUUAACAUGUAACUCCCAUCACAAGGAAUGGGAGUUGCAUAUAGGCAAUGCUAACAGCAACACUUAUAGUUAAAGUUGCUCAAUGUAGUGUAUAUAAAGUGGGAAGCUACCUACUAGGAAAACAGGGAUUUAUUUUUAAAGAUGCAAAUAGCAGAUACAGUGAUCUACUGUAAGUGGUACUUACAAUUUUUAAUAAAUUAAGCCUAUUCUUUAGACAUUGUAUAAGGGCACUUCUUUGAUUCCUGAACUAUAACUUUAUUCUUUGUGCAUACUAUUUUACAAGAUCCAGUCUAGAGCUGUCAAUUAGGAAGCUAUGUAAGUAAUAUGAUUACAUAGAUUUCAGUUAGAAAUUGACUGAAUAAAUGUGCACAGUGAUUUUUCCCCCCUUGCACCUAAGAUGCCUUACAGGCUUAUAUGUUGAACUUGUAAUGUUAUUUCAAUAUAUGCUUUAACUUUUUUUUUUUUUGGGGGGGGUGCGGGGAGGAGGGUUUGCAUGCAUUUCUUCCACUACACCAUGUGUCUGGUCACAUGCUGUAUGUACAGCACACGAGUGGUGAAGAGAGAACUUUUUAUUUGGCAGUUAUGGCUAUUAAACAGUUGUUUUUAAUUCACAGAAGUUUAAUGGGCUCUGCAAGUUCUCCAUUUCCCAUUAUUAAAGACUGAUGUUAAUUAAGAAAAUAUAACCAUUAAAAAACAAAUCCACCCCUAUUAAAGGAAAAUAAGGUCCACACCUCCUACUGCAUCUCAAAGUACAUUUGGGUCCUGCAUUUCACUUUUUCUAUCCAACACCCUUUUAAAACAGUCUUUACACUAGGUAGUAAACACAAUAAAGAAACCCUUGGAGCUCAGCAGUGUUGAGCUAAGAAUUAGAGCAGUGGUACUCAGACUUCAGUGGUUCAGGAGCCAAAUUAGUGAACGUUAUCCAAAAGAGCCACAGUAGUGUGAAUUCAUUUUUAUACACAUAUAUAUUUAUUCUCACAGAAAAAUGACUGACCAAGCAUUAUUAUUUUAUCAACUACAAUUGGCAAACAUAUUAAAAGUAUCCUGAUGUGAUUUAAUUAUUAACCAAUUAAUAUCAUGCGCUGCAAAGAGCUGAAAGAGACUCAUUAAAGAGCCAUUUGCGGCUCGCGAGUCUCAGUCUGAGUAUCACUGAAUUAGAGUAUGUCUAGAGUUUGUGGUCCAGUUUUAACGCUACUUAAUUGAUUGCCUCAAUCUGAGUUAACAAACACAGCUUUAUUUGAGAUGCUCCACAGAUGUUUGUUCCAGGGGGCAUCUAGGCUAGUAUUUACAGUCAAGUUAGUUAAAUCAAGCUUGAUGGCAAUCAAUUCACUUGAAUAAAAACAGCAUCACAAACUCUAGAUGGACCCAAAAGUUAUACUGUAUAAACAGGAACCAUGAGGGUCUCUUCACUCCUUUCUGGUGUUUCUAUGACAGAAGUAACCAUAGUAGGGGCCGGUCUACACUACGGGGUUAAGUUGACCUAAGUUGCGCAGCUCCAGCUACGUUAUUCACAUAGAUGGAGUCGACGUAGCUUAGGUUGACUUACUGCAGUGUCUAUACUGCACUAAGUCAAUGGGAGACACUCUCCUGUCGACUUACCUUACUCUUUUCGUUCCAGUGGAUGUACCCUAAGUGAAAUAUCUGUUUCAAGAUCAUCUAUUAGCUGCUAACAGUGAUGAAGUCAACUUAGAUAAAGACUACACUAGGUAAAACCAGGUAUGUACGUUAACUCAGGAACAGACCUGAUAGUUUAACAGUUUGGUGUUGAAAAAUAUAAUAAAACCAAGACUGUCACAUUCAAAAUCCAAUCUCUGUCAGGAUAUGUCUAUGCUUAGGCCUAGUCUACAUGAUAAAGUUAUGUUGACUCAGCUGUUUUGCUCAGGGGUGUGAAAAAUCCAAACCCCUGAGCGACACAGUUAAGCCAACCUAGCUGCUGCCUCUCAGGGAAGGCGGAUUACGUACACUGAUGGAAGAAAUCCUCCCAUCGGCAUAGGUAACGUCUAUGCUGUAGUGUUUCAAGUGUAGACAAGCCAUAUAAACACUACAGCUGUACCACUGUAGCGCGUCAGUAUAGACACUCCACUACAGUGAUGGGAAGGGUUCUCCUGUCACUAUAGUUAACCCACCUCCCCAAAAAGCAAUAGCUAUGUUGACGGAACUGAGCUAGGCUGCCUACAAUGGGGGUUAAGUUGACAUAGCUAUGUCUCUCAGGAAGAGACAGCUGUGCCGGUCUAAGGGAGGUAGGUGUGUGUGUAUGUGUGUGUGUAAAAUACAGCUCUCAGUGAAGUGUGGGUUGCUGGGACUAUUAGUUGUAUGGCAUUUAGAACAUGCCUGUGGUGUUGGGCUGUAGCCAUACCACCAUGUGCUGCAAAUAUUGGGUCUCUCAAGCUCUUCAGCAUGGAGGUGGCUCAGUAAGGUGUCCAAGCAACACCUAGGUGCAGCAAGAAGUCACGCUGGUGCUUGAAGUGGAACUCUUCCCUUUGAAUCAGUACUGAAUCUAUGGUCUAGGGUGUUAAAGGGCACUGUGCUCCUCUAGACACCAUCUUUCAAGUGAAACAUAAAACAGAGGGCCUACCAUCUAUGGUGUCCUUCUAAUAAUGAAUAACUUGAAAUGCAGCAAAUUCUGAAAGAAAGUUAAAAGUGGCUUUGGGUAUGAAAUCUUUCUCCUGCCAAUUUUUGUUGGUUUAUAAUCCCAUUUUCUUAUUUUAAUGUUUUCUCUCCCUCACUCCUGUUGCUGUGCAAGACCACAAACUGACUAUACCUAAAGUGCUGUCAAAGACAAAGUAAAUAAACUGAAAAAAUACUGAAGUAAUUUUGUCUCUAGGUUUAAGUAUUACUUGUAACAGGUACAAAAAAAUCCGGACACCAGUGAGAUUUUUAAACUGACUGUAUUCUUUUAAAGAUCUCACAGCACUUCUUGUUAGACUACAGAUGUUAACUCAAUGUCUGGGCAAAUUCCAACUACAAUAAUUAUUUUGCCUAUUUAAAUUCUACCUGUUCCAACAGGCUACACUAUCCAUCACCAUAUUUGACUCUUGUGUAGAGCUGCUUUGUGCUACCAGCUAUCACAUUCCACCUUAGUGGUGAUAUUUCCAUAGUGGGUAAAAAAGUUUCCCCUACCUAUUGCAGGAGGGUUUUGUGAAGCUCACAGUAAUUAACUAGUGUUUGUAAUAUGCCUUGAAAUCCUGGGAUGGAAAGAACUGUGUGUAUCCUGAAACUGUCAACAAAUUGUAGAAAAUGAAGUUAUUUCCUAUUGACUAGAACUAUCACUACAUCACCGUCUUGUAUCAUGGGGUUAGAAGCAACUAGAUUUUGCAUACACAAUUCUUUGAAUCUUUUCAAAACUUAGGCUAGCUUUACUUAAAGGAAUACAAUUCUCAGAAAAACACUGCACCAUAUAAAUCUUAAGUUUAAAAAAUCUUGUGACCUAUGUCAAACACUUAUUCUACUAUUCUGGUAAUCUUGUAUGCUGAAAGAUUUAUCUUGGGAAACAUAUUGCAGAUAUCUUUGGAUUUUACAGAAAUGAAAUUUACAAAAUAAAGGUCUGAUAUGCAAUCCUUACGUCUAUGGAAAUUUUGCCUCAGUUAGGACCGCAAGAUUGGGCCCUACACCCAUCAAACAUUGUAAGCCUAUAACCUUGCUAUUUUCACACUUACAAGAAGAUUCCAAUAUUUUCAAAUAAAUGUAAGGCACCAAAUCACACAAUAAUUUGGUUAAAUUUCAUAUUUCUGAUUAACAGAGGGUCUAAUAGAAAGACACUUAAUCAUUAGGAUCCCAAUUAUGAUUUUCCACCAUAUAUUUUGUCUCUAGUGGGAGUGCUAUACAUGAAUUAUUUUUAUUUCCAUUUUGAAAAAUUGUUCAGACAGUGAAAGAAUGUUGACAUUUUAUUUUUAAUACUAUAUUUUGUUCCUGUUAGUGAAGCUGAUGAUUAAUUGCUUAGAAUAUAAUGUUGUACGCUUUUAAAAAUGCAUUUUCAUGUAUUUUUUCAUAUAUAGACAGGCCUACUAGUCUGCAUAGCCUCUUGUAUGCAAUACUUUUUCAAAAUUUAAAUCUGAAAAAUAAAAUGGAGAUUUUGGAGA